CUUUAUUCCCCGGACGUGAUACUACACAAAAUUAAAUUCACAAAGAAGAAGAAUGAUGACAACCAUGCUGCUAUUUAUAACAUUGUUGAGCUUUCGGCUGGGUUCUUUUAAAUGCCUCAAGAAAAAAGACACAUGUACACUUGAUUGCGAAAAUCGUUCUUCAGGCAAGCAGAAAUGCGACAGUGGUAACUAUACUUGUAAUAUGAAAUGUAACAAGGGGAAUUUUAAGCAGAUCUGCCAAGCUAAAGUAUGUAAUCUGGAAGGCAGCGGGAAACUGUGUAAUCAGAGCUGUCAACAGGAAGGUGAAACAUGCAAUAUGAAAUGCAACGGGAAAUGGUGUAAUCAGCUUUCUGAAAGAAUAGGAAAUUGCACCAUGUUGUGUAGUGGGAAAAACUGUACUCAGAAAUGCAACAUGGAAGGCAAAAGUUGUAAUAUGGACUGCAAAACGGAAAAUUGUAGUCAGACUUGCGACGGAAAGGAGAAUUGCACCAUACUGUGCAACGGCACAAAUUGUACUCAGUUUUGCGAAGAGCGAGGAAAAAGUUGUAAUAUGGUGUGCAAAGGGGGAAAUUGUAUUCAGCGAUGCAACAGGAAAGGGAAUUGCACCAUGGAAUGCAGUGGGAAAAAGUGUGAUCAGUUUUGCAACAAGCAAGCCCAAAGGUGUGCCAUGAACUGCAGAGGAGAAGAGUGUAAUCAGCAUUGCAAUAGCAAAAAGGGUUGCUUCAUGCAAUGCAGCGGGGAAAACUGUACUCAGCGUGUCAACAACCAGAUAGAAAGAUGCAGUAAGCAAUGUAACGGGAGCACCUGUGAACAGAUAUACAACACUAGUAAAUGUAAUAUGAAAGGGUAUGGGCCGUCACCCUUGUUGCUAUCGUCAUCAUCAUCCCUAUCGCCAACGACAGAAUCUCCGCUUUCGAUAUCGGAAGUCGUCGAGAAUAUGGCAAAUGAUUCUGUUUCGAAACUUAGUCGAAUAGAAAUCAGCAAAAACAGUUCAUUGAAGGAUGCCGUGCGUAUAUUUGAAGAUUUCACAGAUCAGUACCGGAAUAUCACAAGACUCCAGAGCCAACCUUAUGAAAAGGAAGCUAAGGCUAAUAGAAAAUCUAUAUUUCAAGUGACAGUCGCCUUGGAGAAAUUUUCCCUUAAUUAUGGUAAAUACCAUCUGGGCGGAACAAAGCCCUUCGCGAAGAUCAAAAGCCAAAAAAUAGUUUUGGGCAUUCAGAUAGGCUACCGCCAAAAUGCGCGUGACUUCCUUCUCGAGGAGGAAGAAGGGCAAGCCAGCAUUAAUAUUUCCUCUGGAAAUUUUGCUGAUAAUGGGACAUUGGUUGUAGGGUGUGUGUACAAGGAUUUGCAACAACUGCUGAUGGCAGAAGAAACCGCGACGGGCGAAACUUACAACUCAAGAUAUGUUAACACCAGGAUAAUGAUGGCAGCAAUGGAUCCUAAACCUGAACAAUUACAACAGAAUGUCAUCUUAAAGUUCAGAAACCUAAAGGUCGUCGAAGAAGAAAAGCAUUGCAUGUUUUGGAUUGGCUCAAGCAAAAGUCCAGACGGGUUCUCAGGGGACGGUUGUCACAUUGAUGCAUCGAAUAGCAACUCCUUUGAAACAGUUUGUAGCUGCAGUCAUUUGACUCACUUUGCUGUUUUAGUUGACUACAGCGGUGACGCAAAGCUCCCCAUACAGGAUAUAACUAUAUUGGAGAUCAUCACAUACGUAGGACUCAGUCUCUCUAUCAUCGGAAUGCUCUCGACAGUUAUUCUGUAUUCUUUCCUCACAGAUGUUCGACAACCUCUGUCUCAAAUACGACUAAGCCUUUCAGUGGCCCUUGGAGCUGGACAAAUAAUUUUUUUAGCCGGAAUACAAGCCACAGAAAAGACGGCUGUUUGUGUCACAGUAGCAGCUCUUAUGCAGUAUUUCAUGAUGGCCGCUUUCUGUUGGAUGCUGGUCGAGGGAAUCUAUCUCUACCUGUUUGUUGUGAAAGUUUACAACAUCAACACUAAGAUGUACAUGUAUCACAUCAUAUCAUGGGGUAUUCUAAAGUACAGUUGA